AUGCUCCUCUUUGCCUGGUGGUGUACGCUUCUGACACCGAACUUUGUGGGGCAGACCCCUGGAUUCUUUCAUUGGUGGCCUGCUAAGCACGAGGUUCCAAUUUGCAUACAACUGUCUUUAGCGACCAUCAUCUCCUGGACGAGUGUGCUCUUACUGGCACAACAGUGCGACUGGACCUGGCAAUCCCUUGGAAGCAGUGCGCAAUACUCACUGGCCAAUUCUGCAGGGCUCUACUUGCAGCUACAUCCAACAGGCACAGCACUGGCCUAUUCUGCAGGGUGGGUGGCUCCUGAAUUGCCCUACGAGGAAGACCUGGUUUUUCCUUUGCACGACACUGCGGCGGUACACACGGUGUUGGCUCAUCUUUGCAACAGUGACAAAGUUUUCACUCCCCUGGCCUUUUCUGCAGGGUGGCGAGCUUUGACAGGCCUGAUCCUCCUUGGUUUCAUGCAACACUAUACCAGAUAUGGGGGUGAGGGUAGUGGCCCAGUCAUGGGGGUGUUGACGCUCCACGAAACCCGAUGGCAGUUCACUGGAGAGUGGCUUGAUUCUGACUGGAUUCAUGUGCAUUCCGGAUGCUCCACCUCCAAGGGAACCGGCAUCCUGACUCACCAGGCCGCUGGCAUUAGCAGACAACAGGCUCAAAUGGCUAAGAUGGAGUUUCAAGCGGCCACUGAACUAUGGCACGCCUAUGCUGACUGCUCAUCGAGGGUCAUGACUGAGCAAUUGACCAUGGUCCUGCACUCAGACGCCCCAGGGGUCCCUUUCUCGGUUUGUGAGCUGGCCCAAGCCUUGAGUGACAUCCCAGUGAACCGUGCCGUUGCACAGUUGAUUGCGUCCCAAAGACCGACGCCACAUGCUAGGGCACUUGGCCUUCCCAUGUUCCAAUUUUGCGGUGGUGUCACAUACCAUUUCCAGCAUGGCUGCGAUCACGUAGCUCUGCCAACAGGCGCAGGGCUACGCCAAGGAUGCAAGGCUGCCCCGGGCCUUUGGAACUUCCUGAUGAUGCUGUAUCUCAAUAGGGUAGCCAAUUUCUUACCAAUUACCUGGAUAAGAUUGCACCUUAAUAUUUACGCCGACGAUUAUCAGGUAGGAGGCCUUUUUUAUUCCAUUUCAGACUUGAAAAAGCUCCUGACGGCCAUUGGCAUUUUGCUGGACACCUUGCGUGAAUUUGCGUUGCGGAUUAACACCAAGAAGUCAGCGGCACUUUUGACCAUUGCUGGCACUUCUCAUCGACAUCAGAGAGCUCAGUUUGUCGUGAAGCAAAAAGAUGUGGAACAGCUGCGCAUUCCCCUGCCAACGGGGACAGAAGCCUUGAUACCAUUGCAGUCACAAAUCACGUAUCUUGGAACGGUUAUGUCUUACAAAGAUUGCAAAACUGCCACGUUAAAGCAUCGCUUGACCUUGGCUAGAAUUGCACAACGCAGACUUGGCAGAUGGCUCCGGGGCAAACAUGAUUUCAAGAUUCACAGCAGAUUUCAACUUUGGCGCUCCACUGUGUUGCCAGUCCUGACGUAUGGCAUUUUUGCAACGGGGAUCCAUCCACAGGGCAUCAUGUGUUUGCAAAGGGAAAUGUAUAAAAUGUUGAGACAGGUAGUUUGUGAUCAUGCCUCACGCACGGGACAUACCAACUAUCUUGCCCUGACCUUGCACUCCAUUGCAACGCCUUUGCAGCAAUUGCGCGCUGCUGCCGAGCAACUUUUGCAGUCGAUCACUCAACGCUUGACCAGAUUGCAAGCCGAUGAUAUCACACUGCAACUGCCCUGGGAGCAUUUAAAUCACCUGGUAACUAACCUUGCCAAUACUCAGGAGCUGAGCUCCCGGUCUGUCGAGCCUUCUUCAUUGUGUGUUGACCCCAGCAGCCCUGACCUUUUUCAAUGUACAAGAUGUGAUUUUGUUGCAACCAACGUCGCAACAUUCAGACGGCAUUGCACGAUGGUUCAUGGCCUUCCUGUUUUUCGGAGUCAUUUUGCUCUUGCAUCACAAUUCACAAACACUGGAUUGCCUGAAUGCAAACAUUGUGGACAAACCUUCACUACAUGGAGACGUUUUCAGAUUCACAUUGAACGGGGCUGUCAGGUCCUUUACUCCGGCCCUUGUGCCACAGAGACGCAUACUGCUCUGGGGGUGCAGCUCUACCAGAGCAGCACUGAGAUGGCUGCUGGAGAACUUGCCGUCAGAGGCUCAACACUGAUCCCUGAAGCUGAACUGGACAAUCUGCGCCAAGCAACGUUUGGCCUGCCACUGUGUCAGCUCAUUGAAGAGCGUGACUGGGAAAAACUGGCAACUUUGCCUGAUGCAUGCCAGUACCUUGCAAAGAGGUGCAUUCUGUGUGGCCUUCACUAUAACCGGGUUCAAGAACUUAAUGCCCAUUAUCGAACCAUGCAUGGACAAUAUUGGGAUGGAGUUCCACAACAAGCUGUGUACAUGUCCAAUACAUGGGCCACAGAUAGGCCUUGCGUCUACUGCGGCGCCCUGUUCAAAUCACACCUUUGCCCGGUGUGGGUUCAGGUGAUGGCCUUGCUGAUGGCGGGAGUCAGAGCACCCAGUGACGGUGUCAAUUCAACAGAGACUCCUUCACUCAGAGUUCGAUGUGACAUUUGCUUGGCAGAUCUUCCCAACCCAGCAGCCCUGGCAGACCAUCUGCAAACCCAGCAUGCCUUGCAGGGGGUGGCGUUUAACGUGGCCAGAGACAGUGUGGCGGGCAGCCCAGCAUGUGCCCAUUGCGGAACUCUCUACAAGAGCAUGUCCAGUCUGCGCUCACACAUAAACCAAAGCAGAUGCCUCCUGUUUCGACCAGAGGCAACAGCCGAGACGUUGCCUAUGCGUCCUGAAUGGGUCCAGGCUUGCACAGCUGGUGAAAUGAAAACCCUUUUCACCAAUGCCAAGUUCAGAAUGGAGUUGACGCUGCAUUGUCAACUCUGCGGGGUUCAUUAUGCACGGUCCACGGACCUUUCUUGCCAUCUCCAGGGCAGCCAUGCCAGGGUCUGGCGCCGCGCUCAAACCCUCACAGUGAUUUUGGUCAGCUUGUUUUAUGCCAGAGGAACUUGCGUGUGCAACCCGGCCUUGCAUCAGAACCGCCUGGAUCACAACUGCCUCCCCCUGAGGCAGCUAUCCAUGCUAUUCCAGAUGAUGAAUGACCAGAUAUUUGCACCUUUCCAGGCAAGUGAACAUGUGUUGAAGAUGUUGCUCUCCACCAUGCUUGACCAGACACAGCGCUUUCAGCUUGAGCAGAUUGUGCUUCAGCAUGACUAUGCCAAACUUUGGCAGGAUCCUGGAUGCUUGCAGCUCCUGCGCACCCAAUGUUUGUUUUGCGGAUGUGAACGAGAUGCCUGUGCGCUGCCCCAACACCUGCGCGAGGCCCAUGCCUGCAGUCAUCUUGCACUGUCCUUUUAUAUGGCCUUGCUGACACCCAUGAUGCAAAAAAGCAUGACAGAAGACCACCAAUGUCACGCUUGCCUACAGGUUUUCAACUUGCCUGCAACUGCAGAUGAUGCUGAGAACACCCAACGCAAGCAACUGGCUCAAUCACACCUGCUGUACAACUGCCCUGUUGCGUUGCAAAUUGCAUUGCUGCUCACUGGGUUGCUACAUGAUGGACGACUCCUUGAUGACCACACCGGAGCUGAUGGCGCACCAGCAAGUACUGGAAACCUUCAAAGGCCUUGCCCCCUUGCUCGGUCAGGCGCAAUUGGCGCAACUGGCCCCAAACCCAAGAGAGCAAAAACGCUCCAAGCAUCAGCACGAGCCGCCUCAGCAGACCCAACAGACCCAGAUGCAUCAGUUGGGGGCCUUACAGACACCACAACCUCAGCUGGCAACACUGGUCCAUCAGCUUGCCCUACUGGUUCUGCGCCACGAUCGCGACCUCAACCAGAGCAGAAAGGCGGACAGCUUCGUUCUUUUUUCAACCGCGAUCCCAAGGGCGGGCUCCAGGGCUUGCUUCAGGCCACACAGACAUGGCAGGAGCAGAGGAAGUCAUCGACAUUGCCACUGAUGACCUUGAGACAGCACCUGACGCAGUGCCUUUUCCAGGACCUCAUGCUGAAAGUGGUCAAGAUGUCGGAAGCCAAGCAGGACGACCAACUGUUCCUGGCCUCUGUUCAGAGCCAAGUGAUCGACGAGAGCGGGAACUGGCCCUUCUUGGAAUGGAAUCCAACGACCAAACAACUCCACAAGAGUUCCAAGACACCCAUCAGCAUGACGCUGAUGCUACAGCAUGUGAAGGAGCUGGGCGGAUCGGGAGUGGGAGCUUUUGAACCGGCUCUCCCGCAGCAGCGUUUGGACCCUCCUUGGGACAAUGCUCAAGCCGCAUGCCCUGCACCAAUGCGGCCUGGCGGACUCCAUCCAGCAGGCUCUUGGCCAGCAGACCAGGAAAGGGAAGGGCAAAGGCAAGACCAAGCAGACGAACCAUCGAUCCAAGACAACGUGACACCCUCCUUGGCCGUGCUCCUCCAUGUGAUGAGCCACUUGAGGCUUCGCAAUGACUCCAAUUGGUGCUACGUGAACAGCACCAUUUUCUGUGUUCUCUGGACAUUGAUGUCCAUGCAGUGUGAUUCAGCCUCCUUGGGGGAACGUUUUGAAGACCUGAUUCAAUUUCUUCCAUGUCACAAUUUGCAAUUGGUUGCUUUGAGUGAACUGCCUUGGUUUGAUCAGAUCUUGCAAGCAUGGGAAGCCUUCCAGGGUACUCAGAGGGGUAUGCAACAGGACACGUCUGAAUAUGCAGCCGCCGUCCUGUGCUGGCUGAGAGCACCAGCUGUCAACAUGACCUGGGAACGCCGUGUGGAAGAAAUGGGAUCAGUGUGCACACAUGACCAUGGAGAUGCUUACAUGCCCAUCACACUUUCACUACCUGCCUCUCAUGCCAUUUUGCCUGAACAGCAGUACAAUUUGUCCUCUCUUGUUUGGCGCUGGAUGCAGGAACAUGGGAUGAUUGCUGCUUUGACGCAGGCCCCUCAGUGCCUAUGUCUUCACCUGGAUCGUUUUUAUCAGGUGGAUGGUGAGGUUCACAAAAGCCAGUGCAUGAUUGACAUGGAGGCUGGCUGCACGAUGCCUGUCUUCACAAACACCUCUUUGCAGCGCGAAAUGGUUGAAUAUGUUUUGGUUGCGGCAGCAGCACAUUUGGGGUCUGACAAAGGGGGCCACUAUCGAGCGGCCUUGAAAACUUGCCCUGCAGUUCAAUUGACUGGACAGCCAAUGCAUUGGCUCAUCACCAAUGAUGAUGUUGAGGCGACGCCCACAUGGAAGAUGCCCGACUGGUUUUGCCACAAUACAACUGUCUUUUGGUUGUUGCGAGCUGACAGUGUGCAUUUGCAUGCGUAUCAAGCCCUGCCUGCCCAAGACCCUGUGCAGAUUGAUGCAGCACAUGGACCUUUGACUACGGAUCCACCCAAUGACUCCAUGCCAGAGCGUGACAAUGAUGCUGGCUCCCUUGCAGCCGUGCCGAAGCCUGAUGCAAUGACAGAGGAGGCGGGACAUGACCAAGUGGUGGAGGUGGACGAGGUCCUGGCACGACGUGGCAACCGCGCACUGAUUACUGGCCGAUACACCAGCAGCAGGCAUUUGGAGCACGACUAUCAUUUUGACGGUAAAGUCAUUGGUAGUGGCCUCAGUGGCCCGGUGCGCCUGGCCACCGGCAAGGCUGACGGACUGAAGUAUGCCAUCAAGAGUUUCAAGAAGAAGGGCAUGUCCUCCUGCAAACGUGCGGAGUUGAAGAGCGAGGCGGAGGUCUACCUUACCUUGGACCACCCCCAUGUGGCGAAGUUGGAAAUGAUCUACGAAACUGACGAGGAGAUGCACUUUGUGAUGGAAUACAUGUCGGGUGGGGAGCUCUACAAACGCCUCUCCAGUCGCAAGCGCUACUCUGAGGAAGCUGCAGCCUUGUGCAUCAGACAGGUUCUUUUGGCUGUAGCAUAUCUGCAUGCUCGCCUAGGUGGUCUGACUUUAGCCAAGACCUUGCUGCAGCCGGAGCAGCCUGGUCGUCCGGUGGAGGUGUGCAUCUACGAAGCCUGGGACCAUUGGAAGGUCCGUGGUGGUGCCCUAGGUCUGGCCGCGGGCGCACGGAUCCUGCGGCGCCUGGGGCUUGGAGAACAACUCAAGGAGGCAGCGAAUCAGGUGGACGGCUUUCGGCUGCACUUUUUCGCAGAAGGCACCGAGCUGAACUCCUUGAAUCUCCCGGCAUGCACGGCCAUGCGCACGGAUCUUCAGAAGAUCUUGGUGGACUCGCUCCCGUCCAGUUGUAUCAAGCUUGGUCACAAGCUAAAAGAGAUCACCGAAGGAAGCGAUGACGUCACGCUGGAAUUCGAGAACGGAGCAAGAGCCUCCGCGCAUUUGGUGGUGGCAUCGGAUGGCAUUCAUAGCUUCGUGAGGCAGAAAGUCUUUGGUGGAGACCAGCCGGAGUUCACCGGCUUUCGAGUGUUGUAUAGCCUUUCUUCAAAGCCUUUCCGUCCUGAUCCUACCGUGGCUCAUAUUCAUUGGAAGGAGGUGGAUGGUGCAGGCUAUGGAAUGAUGGACAUGACUGCCGGCAAAGGUGAGAAUCGCCAUGAUUUCAUGAUCAUCAUCAUGCGCAGCGAGGAACAGGUCACUGACCGUUGGGACUCAACCUUGGUGAAGGAGAGACUCCAGGAGUUCGCGGAGCGCGUGGCCCCGGAGCACCCGGUCUUGGGGAAGGCCGUGGAAUGCUCGGAGGUGUGCUUCGACUGGGGCAUCUACAAGCAGCCCACCCGGGAGUCCUGGAUCAGCUCGAAGGGUCGGGUGGUCCUGUUGGGCGAUGCCGCCCAUGCCACGGCUCCCUUCAUGGGCCAGGGAGCCAACAUGGCAAUGCACGACGCCUUUUGCCUGGGUCAAAUCUUGAUGAACGACCAGAUCCCGCUGCAGGAUGGCUUGAAACUCUAUGAGACCAGUCGGAAGCCCUACUGCGAAGCCGUGGUGUCCAAGAGUUCCAUGGUGGGUGCCUUGCACACGGCCAGUGGAUUCAAGGCAGCCUUGAGGAACAAGUUCCUGUCCUUGAUGUUGCUGAGAAACAUGAGGGCCGUGGUGGCCACAGAUCCCACAGCUCGCAAGCCUUGGGAGAAGAGCCCCAGCUUCUUCCAGCAGUUGGGGAGGAAGAUUCAAGGCAUUUGUUCUCCCAAGGAAGCUGCUAAGGUCUAAAUGUCCUCCAUCCCAAUCCUGGGAAUGAGCCAUAGCUGCCAUAGCCAUUAGCCAAGGCAGCUCGUUACUGGUCACCCCCCGUAAAAUCCGAUGCGGGGUGCCAGGCGCAUGUACAGACGUUUAGUUUUGGAGCUUCGGCAACCACAGGAUACCACAGGUGCCGAGCUCAGCUUGAACAGGAGCUCUACUUGACAAGUAUCUCAGAUUAUCUCAGAUUAUCUCAGUAUCUCUCUUGACUCUUUCCUGCUCAAAUUGUGAG